AGGAGAUGGAGGCAUCCGAGCCGGUAGUCGCAGCUCGGGAGGAAGAGGCGUCCUGCUCUUCCUGGGUGGCCGGCAGUACCAAUACAAAUUUGCCCAUCAUGUCAGCAGAAUCUGUGGAGAUUGAUGAUGCAUUAUACAGGAACUGGAGAUGUUUAGCCUGGAGAAAGAAGACUGUGGAACCUGAAUACCAUCUUCAAAUGUUUGGAGGGCUGUCACAUUGAAGAGGGAUUAGAGGAGUUCCCUUUGGCCCCAAGGAGUCGACAGAGGUACGUUCUUGGAGACACAGCAAUGCAGAAGAUGGCCAAGUCCCAUGUUUUCUUAAGUGGUAUGGGUGGUCUUGGUUUGGAAAUUGCAAAGAAUCUUGUUCUUGCAGGAAUUAAGGCACUUACUAUUCAUGAUACAGAAAAAUGCCAAGCAUGGGAUCUAGGAGCCAACUUCUUUCUCUGUGAAGAUGAUGUUGUUAAUAUGAGAAACAGGGCUGAAGCUGUACUUCAACAUAUUGCAGAACUCAAUCCUUACGUUCAUGUCACAUCAUCUUCUAUUCCUUUAAAUGAAACCACAGAUCUCUCCUUCUUAGAUAAAUACCAGUGUGUUAUAUUGACUGAGAUCAAACUUCCAUUGCAGAAGAAGAUCAAUAACUUUUGCCGUUCUCGGUGCCCUCCAAUUAAGUUUAUCAGUGCAGAUGUACAUGGAAUUUGGUCACGGUUGUUUUGUGAUUUUGGUGAUGAAUUUGAAGUUUCAGAUGCAACAGGAGAAGAGCCAAAAGAAAUUUUCAUUUCAAAUAUAACGCAAGCUAAUCCUGGUAUUGUCACCUGCCUUGAAAAUCAUCCUCACAAACUUGAGACAGGACAGUUUUUAAUGUUUCGAGAAAUUAAUGGAAUGACAGGGUUAAAUGGAUCAACACAACAAAUAACUGUGGUAUCACCAUUUUCUUUUAGCAUUGGUGAUACUACAGAACUGGAUCCUUAUUUACAUGGAGGCAUAGCUAUCCAAGUUAAGACUCCUAAAACAUUUUGCUUUGAACCAUUGGAGAGGCAGAUAAAACAUCCAAAGUGCCUUAUUGUGGAUUUUGGCAAACCUGAGGCACCUUUACAGAUUCACACAGCUAUGCUUGCCUUGGACCAGUUCCAGGAGAGCUAUAGUCGCAAGCCAAAUAUUGGGUGCCAGCAAGAUUCAGAAGAACUCUUGAAACUAGCAACGUCUAUAAGUGAAACCCUAGAAGAGAAGCCGGAAGUAAAUGCUGACAUUGUGCAUUGGCUCUCUUGGACUGCUCAAGGUUUUUUACCCCCACUUGCUGCAGCAGUAGGAGGUGUUGCUAGCCAAGAAGUAUUGAAAGCCGUAACAGGAAAGUUUUCUCCUUUGUGCCAGUGGUUGUACAUUGAAGCAGCAGAUAUUGUCCAAUCCCUAGACAAACCUGAACGUGAAGAAUUUCUCCCACGAGGAGAUAGAUAUGAUGCCCUACGAGCUUGCAUUGGAGACACUUUGUGUCAGAAGCUACAAAAGUUGAAUAUCUUCUUGGUAGGAUGUGGAGCCAUAGGCUGUGAAAUGUUAAAAAAUUUUGCUUUACUUGGUGUUGGCACAGGCAAAGAAAAAGGAAUGGUUACAGUUACAGAUCCUGACUUGAUAGAAAAAUCCAACUUGAAUAGACAGUUCCUGUUUCGUCCUCACCACAUACAGAAACCUAAAAGCUAUACUGCUGCUGACGCAACCCUGAAAAUAAAUCCUCAAUUCAAGAUAGAUGCACACUUGAACAAAGUAUGUCCAGCCACUGAGGCUAUUUACAAUGAUGAGUUCUAUACUAAACAAGAUAUAAUUAUUACAGCAUUAGAUAAUGUGGAAGCCAGGAGAUAUGUAGACAGCCGUUGCUUAGCAAAUCUACGACCCCUCUUAGAUUCUGGAACAAUGGGCACUAAGGGACACACUGAAGUUAUCGUACCUCAUUUAACUGAAUCCUAUAAUAGUCAUCGGGAUCCCCCAGAAGAGGAAAUACCAUUUUGUACUCUAAAGUCCUUUCCAGCUGCUAUUGAACACACUAUACAGUGGGCAAGAGAUAAGUUUGAAAGUUCCUUUUCCCAUAAGCCUUCAUUGUUUAACAAAUUUUGGCAAACCUAUCCAUCUGCAGAAGAAGUCUUACAGAAGAUACAAACUGGACACAGUUUAGAAGGCUGUUUUCAAGUUAUUAAGUUGCUUAGCAGAAGACCUAGAAACUGGUCCCAAUGUGUAGAAUUAGCGAGAUUAAAGUUUGAAAAAUAUUUUAACCAUAAGGCUCUUCAGCUUCUUCACUGCUUUCCUCUAGACACACGAUUAAAAGAUGGCAGUUUGUUUUGGCAAUCACCAAAGAGGCCUCCAUCUCCAAUAAAAUUUGAUUUAAAUGAACCUUUGCACUUCAGUUUUCUUCUGAAUGCUGCAAAACUGUAUGCUGCAGUCUAUUGCAUUCCAUUUACAGAAGAGGACUUAUCAGCAGAUGCCCUCUUGAAUAUUCUUUCUGAAGUAAAGAUUCAAGAAUUCAAACCUUCCAACAAGGUUGUUCAAACAGAUGAGACUGCAAGGAAACCGGAGCAGGUUCCUAUUAGCAGUGAAGAUGAGAGGAACGCUAUUUUCCAGCUAGAGAAGGCUAUUUCAUCUAAUAAAGCCACCACAAGUGACCUUCAGAUGGCAGUGCUUUCAUUUGAGAAAGAUGAUGAUCACAAUGGACACAUAGAUUUCAUCACAGCUGCAUCAAAUCUUCGUGCCAAAAUGUAUAACAUUGAACCAGCUGACCGUUUCAAAACAAAGCGCAUAGCUGGUAAAAUUAUACCUGCUAUAGCAACAUCCACUGCUGCAGUUUCUGGCCUGGUUGCAUUGGAGAUGAUCAAAGUAGCUGGUGACUAUCCGUUUGAAGCUUACAAAAAUUGUUUCCUUAACUUAGCCAUUCCAAUUAUAGUGUUUACAGAGACAUCUGAAGUAAGAAGAACUGAAAUCAGAAAUGGAAUAUCAUUUACAAUUUGGGACAGAUGGACUGUACAUGGAAAAGAAGACUUCACCCUCUUGGAUUUCAUAAAUGCAGUCAAAGAGAAGUACGGAAUUGAACCAACGAUGGUGGUGCAGGGAGUCAAAAUGCUUUAUGUCCCUGUAAUGCCUGGUCAUGCAAAAAGAUUGAAGUUAACAAUGCAUAAACUUGUGAAACCUUCUACUGAAAAGAAAUAUGUAGAUCUUACUGUGUCAUUUGCUCCAGACACUGAUGGAGAUGAAGAUUUGCCUGGACCUCCAGUGAGAUACUACUUUAGUCAUGACACUGAUUAACAGAAGUUCUCUUAAAUUUACUCCAGGACUACUUGAUUUUGAAAAGAUUGCACUUAAUUCAGGAAUGAAAAUAUUAACCCAUAGUAUUAUGGAUUUCUCUUUGAUGAAGCCUUAAUUUAAGGGAAACGUCGUAGAAAACUACAGUGAAGAAUUGUAAAGCAUUUUGGAAUAUAAUAUAUACUUGUCUAGUGCUUCAUAUGUGGAUAUGAUCACAAGCAAUUUUGAACUGGACUGCUAUUUUAUAAUGCUUACAAAAAAUUAGUGUGUUAACCUCUGGAUGAGAAGAAGAAAAAAAUGUAUGUAUACAUCACCAGAAGAGAUAAAAGAUCAAGAAAUUGAAAGUAACAAAUGCAAAUAUCCAAGAAGUUUAAUCUUAUUUUAUGAGUUUCUUUUUGUGCACUAUUUGAGGCCCAGUUUUUCCAUACAAAUAGUGUUUGGCACCCUGCACCUCUCAUAAUUAGGCUUUGAGUUUAACACCAGUGGGAAGAGGAGAGAUGGUAACAGUGGAUGAAGAGUAGACAUUUUAAAUUGUACAGGUACAGUUUACUGUCCUGAACCUCUGCUAAUUUAACCAGAGUUUGUUAAUAUCACUGUCUCGCAAAAAUCAGGAUCUUUGUUGAUAACAUCAGUGUUGUAACCCAUGAGCAGUAGGUCGGAUGACAAAUGUUAACUUGGAUUAAAUGUGAACAGAUAAAUGCAGCUAAUCCUUUGAUUCUUCAGUAUGCCUUCUAAUGUGGCUAUUUUAUUUAUUUGGAACUCUAAACCUGACUGUCAUAGUAUAGAAGACUAAAAGGUCUUGUAAAGGGAGUAUCCUUAGAAGUAGAUGAAAACUAGAAAUUAAAAAAAAAUCAUUACUAGUUGAGUCUUGAUUUUUUUUUUCUUCCAACAACCUAAUGGACAGAAAAAAAUAUUUUAUUUUAAAAGGAAACAUAUUUUAUUCUGCAUUCCCAGAAAGGGUGUUGACAAAGAUAAAAAUUUAUUUUUUUAGGUCUUUGUUGAUAGAAUCUUUCUGUUUUCUGAUAGGAGAUAUUGCAGAUAAUCAUUAUAAAUUCUUUCAUUAAUAUGACAUAAAAUGUACUCUUGCUGUAAACUUGGUAAAAACAGCAAGUGUUUUUUUUUUUAUUUCUAAAGCUAUCAUGCAUUCUAAAGCAGUUGGCAUUUUAUAACCACAGGAAGUCAUUUCCCUCUAGCUGCUUCUCUUCUGAUCUCCUGUUCAGACCAUUAAUAAGUACUUUGAUAAACUAAAGACUAGAUUACAUCAGUAUUACUCCUCUUUGGUAUCUUUUUAUACUCUCUACUUAACUUUCCUUUUAUUUCAUUUAUAAAUAGUUGAAAUUACUUUGUCAACCACCUGUAUUGCUUUAUUCUUUUGUAAAAGUAUCAUCCAGUUGGGAAAACAUAUUUGGGAGUGGAGGGUAAGUUUGUAUGAAUAAAAGUAUAUUCUGCAUUGGAGGCAAGGAUAAGUGGACAGGUUGAGUUUAAAGGAAAUGGAUACCUUUGAAAUAAGUAAUUUUUGUUCAAGUAUAAUGUUUAAAAUUAAUUUCUUAAAGUUGAAUUCAGGAACAUCAGAGCUCUAUGGCUUGGAAUUCUUGAGGCUAGCAAUAAUAAAAGGACUUUUCUGUAAGAAGCCUCUUCCCCACUUUCAAUUUCCUUUGUAUGAUAAAUAUGCUUAUAUUUUAUCUAAAUCUCCACAUCUCUUCAGAAGUAAAUUUGGAACCAUGCUAUCAGCUUUUAUUUAUAGUAAUUAGUGCUUUAAUAGAUACAAACAAAACCAACAGGAUUAAGUUCAUUUUAUGAUUAAACCUGAAAUCAUUUCAUCAUUUUUCCCCCUGUAGGUAAUGGUUAUUGCCAUUAAUUUCUGUUUAGUUCUAAGCGGGAAAGCCACGGUGAAGUUAAUGACAGGGUUUUGGUGUUUUGUUUUUUGUUUUUCUAUUAUCUGUUUUAUCUCUGUACCAUGAGAUCACUUUGGGUGAUUAAAAUACCAGGUGCAAAAAUUAUUUGAUUUUGUAUGAUACCACUGAGUCAUUUUUUACUUAUUAAAAAUAAAUUAAGAUAUUUGACAGUAUCUUUGUAAAUCUUGUUCCAUGGUUGACUCCAGAGAUUCCAGUUUUGCUAUUCGUUUUAUGAGUGGUGUUACUUUGGUGUUUUCUAAUUUUCAAGUUUUGCAAUCAUGGAGAUAACAACAGUCACUGGGUAUAGAGGAACAUUACCUCAAAGUGCUUUUGGAUUCUGGAAAUUCUGUUAAAACAAUUGGGGGAAAAUAAUAACCAUGUAAAACCUAGAAGAUCUGGUUAAAUCUCACACUAUUGGUUGCAGUUGUCUAAAGUAUAGUCCUUUUUAAAAUUUUUUUUUAAUGUUUAUUUUUUGAGAGAGAGAGAGAGAGAGCACAAACAGGGGAGGGUCAGAGAGAGUGGGAGACACAGAAUCCAAAGCAGGCUCCAGGCUCUGAGCUGUCAGCACAGAGCCAGACAUGGGGCUCGAACUCACAAACUGUGAGAUCAUGAAAUGAGCUGCGGUCGGCUGCUCAACCGACUCACCCACCCAGGUGCCCCAAAGUAUAAUCCUUUUUAAAGUUCAAAACAGUUGUGGUACUCAGUAAUUUCCUCUGAAUGGUCCCAAAGCUAGAAUUUGGAAAUAGAUGUAUAUCUUUGUUUUUAUGUUUUAACUAUUGUAACACUUUCCGGUGGUACCAGUGAUGAGGCACAAAAAGGUCGGCAAUGUUUAAACUCCACUGUUAAAUAAUAGUAAAAAUGAAAACUAAAUUUUUCUCUUGAGAACUUAAGGAAAAAUGUCAAAUAAUUCCAUGAUGGAAGAAAAAUUUAAAUUACAAAAAUUCAUUGUGAUUAUAAAUAGUCAUUUUGUAUACAGUCACUAGGUAUGGAUUUAACUAUUUUAACAAAUUCAAAACAAAUCAGGAAGUUGAAAUCUUAGAGAUCAGAGUAAGUAUUCAAUAGGUAAUUUUCAGUGUUCAUUUUUCUCUUGGCAUUUCUUAACUUUGUUUAAGUUGAGAAAUACAUAUUCAAAUAUAUGUACAAAAGAAUAUAUAGAAUGUAAGUACACAGUUUAAGGAUUAAUUUUAAAGUGAGUGCUUGAGGCACAUGGGUGCCUCAGUCAGUUAAGCGGCUGACUUCAGCUCAAGUCAUGAUCUCAUAUUGGUGAGUUCAAGCCCUGCAUCAAGCCCUGGGCCAACAGCAGAAAGCCUGCUUCAGAUUGUCUCCCUCUCUCUCUGCCCCUCCCCACUCUCAAGCACACAUGCACUCUCUCUCAAAAAUAAACAUUUAAAAAAUAAAGUGAGUGCCUGUAUAAUCAGCUAUCAAUCAUAUUUGACAGCAGCCCAGAAAUGUCCCUGAUAGUCCCUUCUCAAUCACAAUCAGCUUCCCUACACAUACCCUCCAGCAAUUACCAUUAUCCUACCAUUUGUGAUAAUUCUUUGUUUUUACUUAUAUUGUUAACCACCUAUCAUGCACUUAAACAAGAUAGUUUAUUUUUGAUGGGUUUUGAGCUUUAUAUAAAUGGAAUCGCUUUUUUUUUUUUUUUUGUGGCUGCUGCUUUCAUUCAACUUGGGAAUCAUCCAUGUUGUAGCUUAUGGCCACAGUUUGUUAAUAAUUAACAUGGUUAUGGAAUUUACCUUUGCAUUAAUACCACGAUUUAUUAUAUUGACUGUGGACAGUUGGGAUGUUUUUAAUUUGGGGCAGUUAUAGUUCUUCAAUAAACAUUAUCAUAUGUAUUUCCUAGUGCAACUAAGGUAUAUGAUUGUUUGAUCAUAGGUGUUUACAUCUUAAAUUUUAUUAGAUAGUAACAGAGUUUUGCCUUAGCAGUAGAGAUAUCCUAUAUUUCCAUUUUUGCUCAACACGUGUUAAACAGAUUGCCAAACUGGUGAAAUUUGCAGUUGUAUGUCAUUGAAGUUUUACUCUGCAUUUCCCUAACAAUUGAGCACCUUUUUCUAAGUUUGUUGGCUUUCUUUUUUGCAAAGUAUCUUUUCAAGUAUUUUGCCCAUUUUUCUGUUGUGUUAGCAGUCUUUUUCCUCGUUGAUUUGUAGAAGAUCUUCAUAAAUCCUGUUUUUUGUUAGCUAUUUCUUUCCAAAUAUUUUCCUUCUCUUUAUGAUGUUAUCUACUAAAAAGAAUUUCAUAAUGGUUGAGUACUAAGAAGAAUCAGUGUUUUUGUUUUAAGGUUAGUGUAUUUUGGGAGUUGCUUAAGACAUUGUUCUCAAUCCAAGGGCAUGAAGGUACUCUAUAUACUUUCUUCUAAAGGCUUUAGCUUUGUCUUUCACGUUUUCAGCUUUCAAUUCAUGAAGAAUUAAUUUUGUGUAAGCUGUGAAGUGCCUCACCACCAUUUACUAAAGUAUGUUCUCUUUUGCAGUGCCACCAAAGUCAUAUAUCCAUUAAUGUGUACAUCUCUUAAUUUUUUUGUUUCUUCUUUUCUCUCCCUGUGCUAGUAUAGAGUCUUCACCACUAUACCUGAUACAUAGUUUCUGAUAUUUAUCAGAACAAGUUCUCCCUACUUAUUGUUCUAUAAGAGUGUCUUGGUUAUUCUUAGCCCAUUGUAUUUUCAGUUCUCAAAUUUCUAAUUGCAAAUAUGCAAAUCUGUCGCUCUUGCAGUUUCCUGUUGUCUUCUUGAAAUUGUCAGUCUUUUAUCUACCUGAACAUGAAUAGCCUUAUUAUUAUUUUAUGUUCUUGUUUAAAUCCCAGUCUGAAACCCUCCUGUGGGUCUUUAUUUUUCUUUUGCUUCAGCUAAUCUUUAUCUUAUAUCCUUGCGUGUGGGGGGUUAUCUUUAAUUGUAUGCCAAUAUCAUAUUUGAAAAGUUGCUUGUAAAAAUAACUUGAUGUCCUGCAUAGUAUUUUCAUCCUCCACAGAGUCACUUGGGCACUGGUAUUUCAAGACUAAUUUCACAGUCAAAAUUUUAUGACUUACCCGUGUGACUCCAAGCUGAGCUGUAGACUACUAGUCCUCUACUUCCUGUUUACCCUUACUCCUACAAACUUUCAGAGUUGAGUUGCAAAGUGUAGGUUAGGGUUACCAGGGCCUCCACCUCUUGGCUGGCGGUGGAUUCUAUCUUUCAAUCCGUAGUCCCUUAACUCUCCUUACCUUUUCAGUGGACUCUUAUCUGCAAAAGCCCCAAGGGCACAAGUGGUCCAAAUGAAUGGUUCACUUCUUUGAAUUUCUAUUUUCUUCCAGAUUUUAGGCUGAUCAUUCACUAACAUAGCUCUCCUAUGCCAUCCAACAUUUUUUGAGUAUACUUUGUACACCUUUUCUAAAUAUUCUCAAGUGAGAAUGUUAAUUCAAAUUAUCUAGCCCACUUUCUAUCCUGUUGAUUAUGUGUGAAAUACAAUUUUUUGUAUUGCUUCUGUAUCUGGAAACUCAACUCUAUUGGUUCUUGUAAAUUAUUUGCAAAUUAAUAUGGAUAUUCUGUGUAAUCUUCAAAUAAGGACAGUGUUUAGUCUUUUCUAAGAUCCAGAUUUUGUUUUUGUUAAUCCUAUUGUACUUUUGCUUUCUAUUCUAUUAUUAUCUGCUCUUACUAAUACUACUUUUUCCUGUUUUGUUUGCUAUUUUUUAUUUCUGACUUCUUGAGCUGGAUGCUUACCUCCUUGAUUUUCAACCUAUCUUCCCACAUAUACAUUAAAAAAAUGUUUUUAAGUUUUAUUUAUUUUUGAGAGAGAGAGAGAGAGAGAGAGACAGAAUAUCCCAAGCAGGCUUCACGUUGUUAGCAGAGUCCAAUGUGGGGCUCAAACCCAUGAUCGAUGAGCUCAUGACCUGAGCCAAAAUCAAGAGUCAGAUAUUUAACCAACUGAGCCACCCAGGUACCCCUACAUUUAAAAAUUAUAAGUAUCUCUAUAUUACUAUAAUGUAAUUAUAUGAUAUUCUGUAUUACUGUUGUAUCCAUAUUCCACCAAGUUUUGAUAUAUAAUAUAGUUAAUAUUUAGUUAAAAUAUAUUUUCAUUACGAGUUCUUCAAUCAGCUUUUUUACAAGAGUAUUUCUUCAUUUCUAAACAUGGAGUUUGAAUUUUGGGAGUUUUUUAACCCAAUUUGAUAAUCUUUGUCUUUUAACUGAAACACUUAGGCGAUGUACAUUUAAUGCUGAUAUAUUUGUGUUUAGUUCUGACAUGGGGUUGGAUUUGGCUUGGUGUUUUUGGUUUUUUAUUUGUGGUUUUUUUUUUGUCUAGCCAGUUCUAUGAUUAUUUUUCUCUAUUUUCUUGCCUUUUAAAAUUUGUUUUAUGUAGGUUUUGUUUUUGUUUUUUGUUUUUGUUUUUGUUUUUUGAGAGAGAGCAAGUGAGGGAGGGGCAGAGAGAGAGGGAGACAGAAGAUUUGAAGUGAGGAUCCAAAGCAAGGCUCAUACUCCCAAACCAUGAGAUCAUGACCUGAGCUGAAGUCAGACACCUAACCAACUGAGCCACCCAGGUGCCCCUUUAUGUAGUUUUUUAAUUCUAUAUGUGCCAAUUACUAACAUUAUCUCUCAACCCUAGACACACUUUUGUAUUCUGAAACUUCGCAAACUACAUAUCUCUUUUGCCAUUUGGCUUCCUUUAGGUUCCACAAAUAAGUGGCACUAGGAGAAGGAUUGGAAUGCUGGAGAAAGGGAGAAAAGACUUUUUACCCUUGCCAUUUGCUUCCUGAUGUUUCCGGCAUCGCCUCAACAGUGGCUUGUCUUCUAGUAGUUGUGGUUGGUUUUUAGGCUCUAGCCUUUCUCUGGCGCUUUGCAUGGUAUCUCUUCUAAAGGCUUCAGGUGCUAAUAAUCUCACCCUUUCCUUUUAGUAGUUGUAUCCCUUGUUGGUAUUUUCAAUUCUCCCAAACCCUACUUAACUAGUUCCUUAUGUUAAAUCCUUUUUUAAAUAUAUAUAAUACAGGUUCUCUUUUCCUAAACUAUACAUACUUUUUUUUUCUUUUCUACCCAAUGUGGGGCUCAAACUGGGGCUCUAACUCAUGAACCACGAGAUUAUGACCUGAGCUGAAGUUGGAUUCUUAACUGACUGAGCCACCCAGGCACCCCAUUCUCUUACUUCUUAUCAAUAUUUGGACUAACUCAAUUGUAAGGCCUUUAAGAAUAAGAAUCAGAUUUGAUGGUUCUUUUGUUAUCUUUGCAAGAGUUAACACAUUUGAUAUCACAAUAGAUUUUAAAGAAGUAGUUUGCAGACUUGAUUGUAUAAAGCAGACUUUAUUGUGGUGUGUGAUUAAAAGGCAGAUUUCUGGGCCAACAACUUCUAGAAAUUAACUCUGUAAGGUUAAGGAGGCUUAGGAUUCUGCCUAUUUUCAGGAAUCCUAUAUAAUUGGUUUGCUAGGGUUCUGUAACAAAUACCACAGACUAAGUGGCUUUAACAACAGAAAUUUAUUUUCUCACACUUCUGGAGGCUUAGACUGAUCAGGGUGUCAACAGAGUUGCUUUUUUCUGAGGCUUCAUUGGCUUGUAGAUGGUCAUCUUCUCCUUGCAUCUCACAUUGUCUUCCUAAUAAGUUUUCUCACAUAAGCUUAUUUUUCAAGGGAAAAAAAUAAUUAAAAAAUAUUCCUGAGAUUUUGAUUCAGUAGAUUAGUAUGGGGCUGAAGAGUUAGUAUUUUUAAGGAAUUCGGAUUAUAAUCAGUCUCCUACUGUGUCAUACUUGUGAAAUGGGUGAUUACAUAGCCUUUUACCAUCUUUGUAGAUUAAUAUUUUUACAGAAGGAAGUGUGGGUUGAUUUUAAGCUAGCAAAAAAGACAACAUAGGGGGAAAACAUGAAAAUUGAUAAAUUUUAUUUAUUUCCAGUAAGAGAAAAUAGAAUGGAGUUUUUCCAUUAAGAAAGAACUUCUAGUAUGUUUCAUGUCUCUGGUUUCUAACUAGAUACUCAGAAUGUAUUUGAUAAGUUGAUCAAAUCAGAUCUCAACCAAACCUAGUGAGGCUUUUUUGGAAUUGGCUAGAAUUUAGGAGAACUAGAAAAUCUGCUAUGGAAAAUCGUGUAGAGGAAAAUGUACCUAAUUGAAGCCUAGGAAAAUAAAAAUUUCCUUGAGAAAGAACCAUAUGUUUCCAACUUAUAUCAUUGCAUGGACUGUGUAUAUCUAUGAGUUAUUCUCACAGCCAUAUUGUAUGGUUUCCCAGUAAAUUGGUUUCAUUCAGGUAAGAUCAUGAAAUUGUAUUCAGAUAAUGAAUUCUGGUAUUCAGGUAAGUGACUUGGUAAUCAAGAUCAGGAAAAUAGAAGUAAUUUUCUUUACAAGCAAGAUCUUCCUUUUAAAAAUAAUAAGUUAUCAAGAUACAUAAAGGUGCUUUUCCUAUUUUAUUUCAUGCAAUAUGUAGAUUUUUCUCCUACCUUUUUCUUCUCCCUUCUUUGAUGGGUUCUCAGCCUAGAAAUUGUGGGCGGAAACGCUUUAUUAAGUAAAGAACCAGUAUCAAGAAACAGAGCAGUUCUUUAUUUUCAGUGUGAAUUGAUUUUCCUUUUUGUACUUGGAACGUUGGUGGUGUGUUUAAUAAAUGUUAAUUAAAUAAUGAGUAUUCAUAUGCUUUUCAGAUUUUUAUUUUAUUCUUGUGACUUGGUUCUUAAUAAAUUUUUAUCUAGGGAGCAUAGUUUUCCUUCCUGGCUAGCUUAAUAUCAGUUAUGUACCCUACCAUAUUUUAAAGUGACUUUUAGUUUAAACUGCUGAUUUCUGAGAUUGGAAAAAAUAAAUUAAGGAGAUAUCUUUGAUCAUCCUGGUUUUAUCAUUGUUCUUUCCUUUUGGUGUCAAAGAAAAAGUUGAAUGUUGACAUGGAUUAACAUCAGGAUCAAAGAAAAUCUCAUUUUCUUUUUGAUAGUAUGUUUUUGGAAACACCUUAAUUUUCUCCAAGUCUCCAGAUUUUAACCCUUAGGUGCUCUACAACUGCCAUUUCCCAACUUGAGGCAAGUUAAAGCUCACAGCCCCAGCAUCCCCACUGUGCCUCAAGCAACUAUGAGCCUAAACUCCUAAAACAAUUGUAGGGUUCCCCACAGUUUCCUUAAAGCUUACACACUAUUUGUCAAGGUGGGUUUUGGUCUUUUUGUAGGUUUUUUUUUUUUUUUUAAGUCCUUUUUCCACUUUCAUUUACUCUUCCAGUUUACUCUUUCAUCAUCUUUCUGCUUUUGAAAGAAAAUACAUUACAGAAGAUAGUCUAAUUAUUUGAAGUCUCUCUUCAUGUGACCAUCUAAUUCGAUAUGUUCAUAUGUCGCUCCCUAACUCUUCUAACAAGGCAAUCUGAAAUCCAGGGAUGUUGACUAAUUUGUUCUGAUCGCAAAGCAAACUGAAUCAGUUCAGUCACCGGAGCAAUAGUAAUCUGGUUGUCUGUUUCUAAAAGCAUUGACAUUUUAUGUGGACAGACCAUUUUUGGUUAUUUCUUUCCAUUCUUUAUUUUUUUCUCUUCUGACCCUGCUCUGAGGAUGGCUCAGCACUGUAGCAAUGGAUGGCAGCAUAAGCACCUAACACCCCCAGAGAAAGCUCAUUCUGGUUAAGGAACCUAGGAAAAGUGGACUUUGUGGCCUAAAGAAUGGGUGGACAGGAUGGGCAAGGACUGCCAGGGUCAAGGGUUGGAUUUAGGUUGGAAUAUUUUUUUCUUUCUCUUCUUUUAAUGUCUUUUCCCAAGGGCAGCCCCAGUUUCACAGAACUACAUGGCAGCACAGGUGGCUCCAACUGUUAAGAAGCCCUAUCUUUACCUAGAAGACCAGGAAAAAGGACCAUUGGUAGUUGGAGAGUGAGGGAAAUUCUAGAGAGGUGAGAGAGCUGAAAACGCACCCACUAGUUCUGUGUAUGAAGUGACAUAAAUUCCAGGCUCACCCCUAAUCUGUGCAUGCACAGAACAGGCAAAACAGCAAAGGCUUUGAGAAGUAAAAUAAAAACCACCAAACCAUAUAAGAUAAACAGUUUAUUUGUCUAUACAUGUAGUUUAUUAUGUAUGUGUAUAGUCUAUAACUAAACUAUAAACCACUGUCUAAGUCCCAGACCAAUCCCUGAUAUACACAUGCAUGAGACAGACCCAAACCAAUAUAACAAUGGUUUUGCAAACAACGAUACUGGAACCCCUUCCCACAAAUGGUAAGGCAGAAUAGGUUCAAUCUAAUUAGAAUGAUUGUCUGCUUUUAAAAAUAAAAACCCUCCAGAGGCUUGUGACUUAGUAUACCAAAAAUGUCUAAGAUACAAACCAAAAUUACAUGGUAGACAAAGAACCAGAAAAAAUGUGACCAACUGUCAAAAAGACAACAGACGCCAAAAUGAAGAUAACCAAGAUGUUGAAAUUAUCAGACAAAGGCUUUAAUGAGCUGUGCUCCAUGAGAUGGUGAUAAACACUCUUGAAACAAAUCAAGGAUAGAUGUUCUCAACAAAGAAAUAAAAACCAAGCAGAAUUUUUUUAAUGAAAAAAAUAUCUAAAAUAAAAGAUUCACUUGAUGGGCUCAGUAGUUCUUCAAGUUGAAGGAAAAUGAUACCACAGGAAAACAAGCAACAAGAAUGGGAAAUACCUAGGAAAUUCUCUUUUCUCAAAUUCUUGAAUGUAACUAUUGAGAACAAAAAUUAUAAUUUGUUGGGAUUCUCAUUGUUAUGUAGAUAUAAUGUACAAGGCAACUUAGAGGAAAGAGUAAAGGGACCUUUGUGGUUACAAGUCUUCUACAUUUUCCUUGAAGUAGCAAAAUUAUUAACCUUAAAUGGAUUGAGAAAAGUUACAUAUGUAUGUUGUGAUUUCUAGAACAACCAUUAUGAUAAUACAAGAUAGCUAAAAAGUCAAUAAAUAAAUAAAAAUGGAAUACUAAGAAGCAUUCAUAUCAAAAAGAGGUCAGGAUGAUGUUGGGGGAACAGGAAGACCGGUGAAAAAAUGUUAGACAUAAAUCCAACCAUAUCAAAAACCAUACUAAAUGUAAAUAGACAUUUCAAAGUCAGAAAUUUUCAGACUGGAUUUUGAAAUAUUUUUUUUAAUGUUUAUUUUUCAGAGAGAGAGACAGAGCAUGAGCAAGGGAGGGGCAGACAAAGAGGGAGACACAGAAUCCAAAGUAGGCUCCAGGCUCUGCUGUCAGCACAGAGCCCAAUGCGGGCCUUGAACUUAAGAGCCGCGAGAUCAUGACCUGAGCCAAAGUCGGAUGCUUAACCAACUGAGCCACCCAGGCGCCCCCAGAAUGGAUUUUUUAAAAAGCAAAAACUUAAAUAUAUGUUGCCUACAAGAAACCUAGCUUAGAUAGAAUGACACAGAUGAGUAAAAGGACUGAAAAACUAUGCAAACGCUUUUUUUAGUUGGAGUGGUUUUAUUAAUAUCAAAGUGCAUUCCAGGACAAGGAAAAUUCCAUAAUGAUAAAGGGAUUAAUCCCCAAAAAGACAACAAUCCUAAAAGCAUAUGUCGGGGCGCCUGGGUGGCCCAGUCGGUUAAGUGUCCGACUUCGGCUCAGGUCAUGAUCUCGCGGUUUGUGAGUUCGAGCCCCGCGUCAGGCUCUGUGCUGAUGCCUCAGAGCCUGGAGCCUGCUUCGGAUUCUGUGUCUCCCUCUCUCUCUCUGCCCCUCCCCUGCUCAUGCUCUGUCUCUCUCUGUCUCUAAAAAAUAAAUGUUAAAAAAAAUAAAAAAAAAGCAUAUGUACCUUGUAGUGAAUUGACCUACAAGAUUCCCAUUUACUGGUAUUCAUGUAUUGUGUAAACCCCAUAUCUUAAGGUAGUUUGGACACCUGUAACUUGAUUUGUAACCAAUAGAAUAUGGCAAAAGUGGGGGAUUCAAUACCAUGGUUAUGUUACAUUGUCUAAUAGAUGUCAUUCCCAUAAUUUUAUUACAUUAUAUAAGACUCCAUCUUCCUAGAAGAUUUGCUCUCUAUCCCCAUCCCCCACCUUCCUGCUCAUGACUAUCUUUGAAGAAUCCAGCUGACAUGAAUCCCAGAGCUGCAAGGAAAUGAAUUCUCCAAACAACCUGACUGACUUUGGAAGUGGAUCCUUAUUCAGUCAAGUCUCAGAUGACAAUCCAGCUCUGGCCAACACCUUUAUUAAAAAUGCAGAAGACCCAGCUAAGACAGGCCCAGCCCAGACUCCCAACACACAUAAAGGAAAAGAUGGAGUGAGGAGAGAGAGAAAGAGAGAGCAUAUCAGUAUCUAUAUAUAAAUAUCUAUCACUGAAGAUGCAGAAUUACUGACGUUUUUAAAAAAGGCUUCAGAGGGGCGCCUGGGUGGCGCAGUCGGUUAAGCCUCCGACUUCAGCCAGGUCACGGUCUCGCGGUCCGUGAGUUCGAGCCCCGCGUCGGGCUCUGGGCUGAUGGCUCAGAGCCUGGAGCCUGUUUCCGAUUCUGUGUCUCCCUCUCUCUCUGCCCCUCCCCCGUUCAUGCUCUGUCUCUCUCUGUCCCAAAAAUAAA